AUGUGGUCUCAUCAGCACGCGGCGCGGAGCAGCAUCCUCUUCAGCCUGCUCAACAGAGACUCUGAGAGUCCACGCAGACUCAAACAGCCCUGCUCCUGCUCACCCAGGACCAAACUGGUCUCCAUCAGAGCUCCUCACUCAGUCUUCAAAGCAGCCUCGGAGGUGCUCGUGAAAACAUUCCGGUUCGUCAAACAUGUUCCGUGUUUCCGCGGUUUACCGGCGGGAGAUCAGCUCCGGCUGGUGCGCAGCAGCUGGGCGCCGCUGCUGCUCCUGGGGAUGGCGCAGGACUGCGUGGACUUGGACACGGUGGAGACCCAGCAGCCGAGUCUGCUGCACAAGAUCCUGACACACAGCGCGAACAGGUUUCAGGAGCCGGGGGUGCCGGCGGGAGACGCGGAGGGGAUCCGGAUGUUCGUGGAGAGGUGCAGAGGGCUGCGGAUCAGCGUCCGGGAGUACGCGCUCCUGAAGGGCGCGGUGCUGUUUAACCCGGUGGUGGAGCUGGAGUGUCGAGACUACGUCAGGGCGCUCCAGAGAGAGGCGGAGCGCGCGCUGUACGAGCACGUGAGGACGGUGCACCGGGGGAACACGACGUCCCGCUUCAAGAGGCUGCGGGCGGCGCUGGGCGUGCUGAGGUCCAUGGACACGGAGGCGGUGUCGGGGCUGAUCUUCAGACCCUCACUGGGCACGAGCAGCGUGGACGCACACGUGCUGACUCUGUUUUAUGAGCAGUAG